CACCUUAUUGAUGGAAAAAUCCAUGCAUUUGCCGUGAUCGCUAAAGGGGAACUAUCUUUACCACACGAGUUCGACCCAGCAUGUGCUGCAAACAACAUCAUCAUUGGGCUGUACCCGGCUGACGUCACCCUUUUGCAAGACAUGGCAUCUAUGGCACAGCGCCCCCUUGCCUUUUGCAUGUUUGCAACAAACGAGGACACAGUAAUCGCAGACAAACUUCGGUGUGGUGGUAGUGUUCAUGAACUUUCCCGCGCUGUCCAAACUGCUAACGUGACACGAAAUCGAGCAUCUGCACUUGCCACGGUGCAGACAAUUACUGGUGCCAUACAACUCGUAGAACUGGCUGUAAAUACGAUUGGAAAUUUAUUCGGAAUCUUUACUGGUCAGGAUGAACCACCACCAGAUGACACUCCACCAAGGUUUCUAUCCUGUCCACAUGUUCCCAAACUGACGAUCGGACAUGGAGAGACAACUGCCCGCGUUAACAUACGCCGGCCUACCUACACAGAUGACCGCGAUGAACCAGGGAAUUGCCAGCUAACUGAAUCCCCUUCAUUGAACGGCAUGUAUCUGUCGGCAGGAUCGUAUGAAGUAACGUACACAGUUUCUGACAGCUCGGGAAAUGCUUGUGAUGGUACUUGUGCAUGCAAGGUGUCGUUUGAAGUUGUGGGUAUGUGUGUAAUCUUCAUCAUUCUACAACAGAUUUAUAACAUAUAA